UGCAAGCUCUACAAAAAUACACGGCAGAAUGGGAGCUUGACCCUGCCCAGUUCUGGGCAUUUUCUCAGCCCGAGAUCAUCGUUCGGGACCCUCUAGCCAGCAUGGCAAUGUAUUAUCAACGAUUGGACCAGGCGCGUCCUUAGGCUCGUAUGGUCCAACGUUGUUUAUGCAUCGCUUUUGUCAAAUGGCAGAACCGACAUCAAGUCUUUUGUGUGAAAGGAACAGCAGAGGCGCUAUAUAAGCGACUGGACAUGCCUCUGGAGACAGCCUCAGAGAUGCUUGAAAGUAUGAUCAAUGCUGGUUCACGUUUUCUCAACCUCGAGAGGCACGUGGGCGAGGGCGUAUCGAUCGUUCUAGGUCAAGGAUCCGAAACAAGAUGGACCAAACUCUUGCCAAAGAACGGAAAUCGUUUCGACGAGUUGGUUCGGCGAUUGCGCGACAUCAGGUUAUACGAUAAUUAUUCUCGCGCAUGUCAAGUCCGAGUGCGCGUCGUUGAUUGGCUUUUGGAGAAGCUCGACGAAGGCUCCACCUCUUUGGUGACGCCGCCUUCCUCGACAAGUGCGAGCUACAAUAGCAGCUUCAGGUUCGAUGACUGGGACGGGAGCAUGCUUCAAAAUGAGUUUGAUAGCGGAAUGGCGAUGUCUUCUUCCCUUGAAUUCUAAAGUGGGAGAGCGCCGGGUUUCGCCGACCAUGUGAACUCGCUUGCCCUUCAAUCGCGCUUCCACAUGGAAUGCCCAGACUGUUAUGAAGUUUCAUGGAAUUUCAACAUUCAAUUCCGUAUUCUAAGAUAUGUUGAAUGAAUAGGAGCCAACUAUGCAUGCUUUCUUCACCUCGACCCAGGAAAUACUAUGCGAGCCGGGCGUUUGCGUAUGGAUGAGCAUGGUCACUCUCGAUGGUAAGA